UAAUUUCAGCAUAGAGUGAGACACACCACCUCCACGCCUCUCCUCUUCUGCACAAGAGAGAGAGAGAGAGAGUUACAGAGAGAGAAAGCUAGAGAGUCGUCUUAGGAGAGUUGUGUUCUCUUGUAAAAAUUAUAUUAGCAGGCUAGAUAGAGAAAGAGUGAGUUAUAAGAAUUAUAUAGGAGAGAGAGAGAGAGAGAGAGAGAGAGAGAGAAAUGGAUGUGGAGAUGAGUAAUAGAAGACAGAAGAACUCGAAAGGAGGAGAGGCAAUGAGUGGUGAAGAGGGCGGUACUGUUGAUUGGAGGGGUAGACCCUCCAAUCCUAGCAAGCACGGGGGAAUGAAAGCUGCUGCCUUUGUUCUUGGGCUACAAACAUUUGAGAUUAUGGCAAUAGCUGCCGUUGGAAACAAUCUCAUAACGUAUGUGAUAAAUGAGAUGCACUUUUCAUUGUCAAAGUCUGCCAACAUAGUGACAAACUUUAUAGGGACUGUCUUCAUAAUUGCACUCCUUGGAGGCUACCUCUCUGAUUCUUAUCUUGGGUGCUUCUGGACCAUGCUCAUCUUUGGCUUUGUUGAGCUUUCUGGCUUCAUUUUAUUGUCAAUCCAAGCCCAUAUUCCCCAACUAAAGCCACCAGAGUGCAACAUGGUAACUGAUGGAGACAACUGUUUGGAAGCAAAUGGUUUCAAGGCCUUAAUCUUCUUUGUGGCACUUUACUUGGUUGCUUUAGGGAGUGGAUGUGUAAAACCCAAUAUGAUAUCUCACGGCGCUGACCAGUUCAACAAGCAUGAGCCCAAGCAGUCCAAGAAGCUUUCUACCUACUUCAAUGCCGCCUACUUUGCCUUCUCCACUGGUGAACUUGUUGCCCUAACUGUUCUAGUUUGGGUCCAAACUCAUUCCGGGAUGGACGUCGGCUUCGGAGUCUCUGCAGCUGCCAUGGCAAUGGGCUUGAUUAGCAUGGUUUGUGGAACACUUUUUUACAGGAACAAGCCUCCUCAAGGAAGCAUCGUCACCCCUAUUGCUCAAGUUUUUGUGGCUGCAAUUUUAAAGAGAAAGCAAGUGUGUCCAUCUGAUCCACAACUGUUUCAUGGUAGCCAAACAAAGGUUCCUAAUAGUAACCUUUCUAUGUCAUCCAAUAUUGGUGAUCUUCUUCACACCCAAAGGUUCAGGUUUUUGGACAAGGCCUGCAUCAAAGUUCAAGAUGGAGCUGCUAAUAAUACAGAAGAAAGUCCGUGGAGGCUUUGCACCAUGACCCAAGUUGAGCAAGUGAAGAUACUGAUCUCAGUUAUUCCGAUUUUCGCUUGCACCAUUGUUUUCAACACCAUUUUGGCACAGCUCCAAACAUUCUCAGUCACACAAGGAAGUUCCAUGAACAACCAACUCACCAAAUCCUUCCACAUCCCUCCUGCGUCGCUCCAAUCCAUCCCUUACAUAAUGCUAAUCAUUGUAGUCCCUCUCUAUGACACUUUCUUUGUCCCUUUCGCUAGGAAAUUCACCGGCCACGAAUCUGGAAUCACUCCUCUGCAAAGGAUAGGGUUUGGCCUAUUUGUCGCGACCUUUUCCAUGGUAUCGGCUGCUUUGAUGGAGAAUAAGAGAAGGAAUUCAGCAGUAAAUGAUGACAAAAUAUUGUCCAUCUUUUGGAUUACCCCACAGUUCUUGAUAUUUGGAUUAUCAGAAAUGUUAACUGCGGUUGGCCUCAUUGAGUUCUUUUACAAACAGCCCUUGAAGGGGAUGCAAUCAUUUUUAACAGCCAUCACCUAUUGUUCAUAUUCAUUUGGUUUCUAUCUAAGCUCUCUACUUGUUUCUCUGGUGAACAAGAUCACUUCAUCACAUUCAUCAUCAUCUAAUGGAGGUUGGCUCAGUGAUAAUGAUCUCAACAAAGAUAGGCUGGACCUUUUCUACUGGUUGCUAGCAGCUCUAAGCUUCAUUAACUUCCUCAAUUAUCUUUUUUGGUCAAGAUGGUAUUCUCAAAAUCUAUCUUUAUCAGCCUCAACACAGCAUGAUUCGAUUGGCGAAGAUGUCAACCGCCAUGGCUUCAACUCUUCAAAGAACAUUGCAGAUGACAAUAUGGCUUGAAUGCCAUUAUAUAUACAUAAUAUAUAUAUAUAUAUAUAUAUAUAUAUUUAUAUAGCUUGUAUGAGAAAUAGGGGAAUAUAAGAGAUGCCAAAAGGAAGCCUUUUAGGUUAUAGUACUAUUUGUAAAAGUAUUUAGAAGGAUUAAUGCCAUGAGGGCACCUUGUAGGCUGGUAAUCUUAUGUAUUUCUGUUAUAUUUGUUAUAAAGGCUAAUGUAAAGAAGUCCUUAAUCAA